CUCCCAUUUCCUGCGACAAGUCAAUAUUUUGUUUCCCUACACUUCACCCUGCGCUUCGGCACGCUUUUGAAUUUCUAUCCUUUGGGUUCUCCGUUGGGCUGUCUUUUUAUAUCAGAUGUACAAUAUUCAACUCUCUUGUCAAUUGACGCAGACAUGGCCCGCGACCACUACAACCAGCAGGCGCUGGGUAAGCCGUUGAAUAAUGAUGUCAAGCAGGCACGAAUUCUGAUGGUAGGAGCCGGUGGCAUCGGCUGCGAGCUUCUCAAGAACCUACUUCUCACCGGUUAUGGCGAAAUACACAUCGUGGACCUUGAUACCAUCGACCUCAGCAACCUGAACCGCCAGUUUCUCUUCCGUCAUGAGCACAUCAAAAAGUCCAAGGCUCUGGUUGCGAAGGAAGUUGCGCAAAGGUUUAAUCCAGCAGUCAAACUCGAAUCAUACCACACCAAUAUCAAAGAUGCCCAGUUCAACAUCGACUGGUUCAAAACCUUUACUAUCGUCUUCAAUGCGCUCGAUAACCUCGAUGCCCGCCGCCAUGUUAACAAAAUGUGCCUUGCGGCUGACGUACCGCUGAUCGAGAGUGGAACGACGGGUUUCAAUGGUCAAGUGCAGGUCAUCAAAAAGGGAAUCACCGCAUGUUACGACUGCACCACGAAAGUUACACCCAAGAGCUAUCCAGUAUGCACAAUCAGGAGUACACCCAGUCAGCCGAUACACUGCAUUGUAUGGGGCAAGAGCUACCUGUUGAGCGAGGUGUUUGGGGCCACGGAGAUAGACGCCGAUGGGAUGGACCAUUCACAGGACUCGGAGAACGCGAAGGAGAUCGAGAAACUACGACAGGAAGCGCAGGCCUUGAAAAAUAUUAGAGAUUCCAUGGGCACUGACGACUUCCCAAAACUACUCUUCAAUAAGGUAUUCAAUGAGGAUAUCACGCGCCUGCGGUCGAUGGAGGAGAUGUGGACGACAAGGAGGAAGCCAGAUCCACUAGAGUACGACACUGUGGCUGCUGCUGCCGCGCCUCUGGAGGAGUCAAAAGAAACAGUUCUUAAAAAUGAUCAGAAGCCUUGGUCUCUGGAAGAAAACUUGACUGUCUUCAAAGACAGUUUAAAUCGUCUGAGCAAACGCAUGAAGGAUCUGAAGGCCGCCUCCGAUGGAAACUCCGCAGAGCCAACAAUAAUCUUUGACAAGGAUGACGAAGAUACGCUCAACUUUGUCACCGCUACUGCGAAUAUCCGAUCCAUCAUCUUCGGGAUCGAGACCAAGUCUCGAUUUGACACCAAGCAAAUGGCAGGCAACAUUAUUCCGGCUAUUGCCACAACAAAUGCAAUUGUCGCAGGCCUCUGCGUGUUGCAAUCCUUCAAAGUCCUUCGUGGCGAUUAUUCAAGCACAAAAGAAAUCUUUCUGUCACCUUUCGCAUCCGAGCGUCUCAUGGCUUACGAGAAGACCCGAGCACCAAACCUGGACUGCCCUGUUUGUAGUGUUGCGCAAACCAGGCUCCUGGUAGACUUAUCACGAGCUACGUUGAAUGAUCUAGUAGAGGACUUCUUGCGCGUUCAGCUCGGAUAUGGCGAAGAGUUUGUGGUCAGCAAUGAAGCUGGCUUGCUCUAUGACGUGGACGAGACAGAAAACCUCGAGAAGAAACUGAGCGAGCUCGGAAUCAAGGAGGACAGCUUUCUCACAGUCAUCGACGAGGAUGAAGAGGACCCACGAGUCAACCUUGUUCUCAGCGUUCAGGGGACCGCAACGCCGACUGACGAAAAGCCAAUUAGUGCACUCCCCACGGCCGUCGAUAGCGAGCAGCCGAUUUCCAUACCCAGACGGCCACGGAUUAUUCCACCCCCAACUGAAGCCACGAAUGUUGAUGCCGGGCAUAAAGAGGCCAUCACCAACGGUGAGGCUCCUAAAGCCUCUCCUGGUCCGGUGGUAGGGACGAAGAGAGGGGCAGAUGAGCUUGGAGAAGCUGGUCCUGAAGCUAAACGUGGGAAGCUCAAAGAGACAAGCGAUGAUAUUAUCGUUUUAGACAGCGCGGACGACGGUGCCAUCAUCAUUGAUGAUGACUGAACCACACCUCAACAUUAGUGAUGAUUGAGACGUGUUCCGGAAUCUCCCAGCACAUGGCGAACCUGGCCUAUUCAUACCGCACUCAGACCUCCAUCAAGGUUGAGGGUGCAGUUAUUGGCAUACUGGUUAGCGGCUAGGAAGAACGCGGCAUCAGCAACCUCUUCGGCGGUACCGAAACGUUGCAGGGGUAUGGCGUUAUUGGUGGACUCAAAAAGGGCAGGCUCCAUGCCUGGAGAUGUAUAUUAGCCACUGGUUGUCAGAUAUACCCCGCCUGCAGGAGGAGGAUAAAUUAAGAAUUAAUGAAGAAUAAUUGCUCG